AUGCUGAGAAGGAAAAGGGCGUUUACAGAUGAGUCGCUGAUGCUGAUGGAGCGUGGGUUGCCCAGACUGGUCACCACUUCCACCACUCCGACGCCUACGACAGAGCCAACGACAGAGCCAACGACUACUAAGGAUGAGACAUCGCAGACCAGUGCAACUGAUGCUUCCACUGCUACCACUUCCACUGCUGCCACUUCCACUGCUGCCACUUCCAGUACUUCCACUGACAUCACAGCUACUUCAUUGACUAUAACCUCCAGCUCGUUGUCCACAGAUGUGGCCAACAUAGUGCCUCCAUCUGCUGAAAAUAACCCGUACAUAUUCAGGACUAGUGCGCUGUCUGGUACAGUGUUCAUAGCCGUGGGGUCUAUUGCGGGCGCCAUCUUGAUGCUGAUAUUCCUGUGGUGGUCGAUUACCAAAUACUUGAACUACAAGAGGACCAAGAAGGACUACCUCGAGAGCAUGGCUACGCAGUACCCGUACGGGUCCCGCGGUGGCCAUGCCCACCACAGCUCCAUUUUUAGCACCGCUAGCAGCGAUGUAUAUAGCUAUGGUGGGGACGAUGAGAAGCUGAGUCUGGGCCACUCAAGGUCGCAAUCAGUGGACAAGAAAACCCAUGAGAAGGUGAAGAAAUCGAAAAUUGGUUUGUUUGGUGGCAGCACCAACGACAUCUUCAAAACGCCUACUAGAAACGACUCAUGGGAAUCGCUGUCUGAUGCGAUUACCAAUUAUGGAGACGGAAGUGUCCACAGAUUCAACCCAAUCCAAGACGACAUCCAGUACAAUAAUAGAAGAUCAUUAUUUAUCUCACCAACUGUUGAAGUCAUGAACUUGCCAAGACAAGAAGUACCCGACAUAUUUGCCACUCCAAAGAAACAGCAGACAUCAAUAUAUAACGACUAUGAUACACCAUUGAUCCCAGACCUCAGUAAGCCAGAGGACGUGGCAUUGUCACCGCAGAGAAGUCACAGAAAGACGCCAUCAAACGAUAAAUACCACAGAAGGAAUAGGUCAUCAGCAAACUUAUCCCCCUCUAGGUCACCAACUAGAACACCCAUCAGAACAAGAAACAUGGCAAGAGACCAUAGAAAGACUCCAUCCAUGUACUUAGAGGACCUACUAGAUGAUAACUACUAA